GUGCAAGGCCAGUUCUGCGGCUGGAAAGCCUGAGUGCAGAAAGGAAGAAGCUGGGUGCUUUUUUUUACUCCCUCUCUCGGAAAUUCCGCCCCCUUCUCCGUGGAAACUCGGCGUCCGUAGCCGCGCGGUCGCCAGGGGCGGAGCUCCGCGCCGCAGCUCCUCCCCGAGAGUCUGCAGCGGCUGCCAGGCGGGGAGCCGCCGCGGCCAGCCGACCCUCUCCGUCCCUCUUCGCGGCUGCGCUCCCUUCCCGGCCACGUCCGUUCCCCCCAAACCACAUCUUCGGGGCGCUCUCCGCCGGGUCCUCGGCCGCCGGGGCGCACGGGGCGUCGGGGCCCGAGCCGCGCGCUCCCCCCGCGGCCGCGCUGAUUGGCCGCUCCGGGCCGUCCCCGCCGGGGCGGGCGGGCUCCGGCGGAAAGUUCUCCGUGUUCGGGGGGAAGUUGGACCUUCCGAGACUCGGAGACAGCAGCUCCCGAGGCUGCGGGGCUCUGUGCGCGGCCAUGGAGGAGCCCCCUUUGCGGGAGGAGGAGGUGGAGGAGGAGGAGGAGGACGAGGCUGGGCCCGAGGGGGCCCUGGGCAAGAGCCCCUUCCAGCUGACGGCCGAGGACGUGUACGACAUCUCCUACGUGGUGGGCCGCGAGCUGAUGGCGCUGGGCAGCGACCCCCGGGUGACGCGGCUGCAGUUCAAGAUCGUCCGCGUGCUGGAGAUGCUGGAGGCGCUGGUGGACGAGGGCAGCCUGGCGGCCGAGGCGCUGCGGAUGGAGCGGGACAGCCUGCGGAAGGAGGUGGAGGCGCUGCGCAGAGGGGGCGCGGCGGCCGGCCCCGAGGGGAGCCUGGGACCAGACAAGAUGGUGGUGGACCUGACGGACCCCAACCGGCCGCGCUUCACGCUGCAGGAGCUGCGGGACGUGCUGCAGGAGCGCAACAAGCUCAAGGCGCAGCUGCUGCUGGCGCAGGAGGAGCUGCAGUGCUACAAGAGUGGCCUGAUUCCAGCACGAGAAGGCCCAGCGGGAAGGAGAGGAAAGGACUCCGUGGUUGCCAGGGCCAGCGGCGCCAGCAGAAACAAGGAGGAGAAGACCAUCAUACGGAAGCUGUUCUCCUUCCGGUCUGGGAAGCAGCCAUAGACGUAAGGCGGCGGUUCUCAGAUCGUAGAAGACAACCCACCAGGCAGACUUCCCAGCCUGCUCAGGGCCGCCGGACCCACUGCCCUGGCUCAUGUGUUUCCCCUCGGCGCCGUCCGAGGAGCGAGGAGGUGAGGUUCUCUCUCAUCGCUGUCUCCCUGGCUGCCGAACUGGACACCCCGAAGGCUUGGCCAGGGCAGGGCAAGUGGCACCUAGAAACCAAGAAAGCAGAAGGAAAAGAAAAGAAAAGAAAAAGAAAAAGAAAAAAAAAGGAAA